AUGCAAGAAAUGCCAUUAUCACCAAUCUCACCAGUGUCAUCGGAGUCACCGGUGCAGACUGUGUCAGGAAACACGGAACGACGGGGAAUAAGGAAGCAGCUGCAAAGAAUAGAUGAAUCAGAGCCGGGGGUUGUGUUUAACUUCUGCUUUUUUUGGCCACGGAAAGGCUGUUCCAGGCAGCCACUAUCUCCAUCGAGUUCAGAAAGAAGUUCAGAACACAGUUUGGAGCAAAGUCUAGAGCAGGGUUCGGAGAAGAAUAUGAAGCAAAGUGAAGAACGUAUGAGCGAACAAAAUAUGCCACAUCGUUUUGGACGCAAGACAGGACCAAUUGGAUCAGUUCGUGCGAAUGAAUAUGUAUCAUGUAAUAUUAGCUCAUUUCCUGUACUGCUGGGGCAAAUUAUUAACGAUGAGCGGCAGCGACGGUCAUCGUAUGAUAUAUUUGCAAUAAAUCAAGAAGCAAAAAAGACUUCAGGAGCAAUUAUUUUAGCGAGUAAGCGACUCCAAUGUAUCGUUAAGGAUAAUGAGAGCGAGAAACGAUUGAAUUCGGGUGAAAAUGAAUCAAUUCAUGGACGGCUUAAAUCCGCGUUUGUGUGUAAUGCUUCUCAGAGCGUUUCGUCUGCAUAUCCAGAUACAGAUCUGGAGUUUUGGAGAAACAAUCUACAAAAACAAAUGCGUUUACGACAUCGAAAUUCAUAUCGAGUAUUAAAGACGUCCGCUAAGCAGAUUCCCAAACAGGUUUCGACUACAGUGCCCAAACUUCGGUCGAGAUCAGGCACUUCUAAAACUUUUCUAAAUAAAACUCAGAAUAUGAUACAAACAUCUCCCUCAUCCAAUACGAACGAACACGUGUCUACUCCCGAAAGACGCUGUGUAUCCUGUGGAUGCUCCAGCACUCCUUGCUGGAGACCUAGCUGGUAUGGGAAUGCAGGGUUGCUUUGUAAUAGUUGUGGGCUAAGAUACAAGAAAAUUGGUGUACGCUGUCUAAAUAAAAAUUGUCGUCAUAUUCCCCUUCGUUCAGAGUUCAGGGAAAUGAAAAGCAAGGUAACUGGCAAUGCCACAAUCGAUUGCAUCAAAUGUGGCAGCGAGGUCAAGAUCCGAGGCUAA